AUGUCUGCUAACUGGAACGCUCCUCCCCCAACUUACGACGCUCACUCAUCGUCUACCACCCUCACGCCCUAUCUCCAGCUAUCCCAUCUACUCUCCCUCACAUGGCUCGCAUACCCUAUACUUUCUCUCAUCUUCGUCGCUUUCCGUCUCCAGCUCUCUCUUGCUGAUGCUCAGAAUGCUGUCGCCGGUGCAAAGGAUGAUCUUCUCGCGAGCUGCAAGGCCGCCGAACAGGCCGCUACAUCCGCGUCCAGCAUGCCGCGCUUCAUGGCGAUUGCCACUAACAAGCAGUUUGCAGAUGCAGUCAACGGGUCUGCUAAUGCCGCGCGUGCAACUCUCGUCCUUGCUCUCACAGUUAUGGAAGCCAUUAUCAACUUCAUUGUCGAUAUCUAUCGCUCAACUUUCCUGUGUUUCCUUGAGUUGGUGGUGAGAGGUGGACUUGCGAUUCUGAUUGGUGCCGUCAAUGAGCUUAAUGACCUCAUUGGUACUGUUACAAAUGGUUUGCGAACCAGCAUCCAGAAUGAUAUUUCGACCGCGAACAAUGUCAUCAAAUCCGCCAUCGACGCCAUUAACAAAGUCAACCCUUUUGGAGAUAUUAAAGCUCCUCAGAUUACAGUUCCGAGCCUUGAUGGUCUUCAGAACGUUUCCCUUCCUUCAUCAUUUACAGAUUCCUUAACGAAACUUAAUGCGUCACUUCCUUCGAUAUCCGAUCUGAAGGACAAAGUAGAAUCUAUCAUAGAUACACCGUUCGAGCUUCUUAAGAAGGACAUCAACGAUACCUUCGCAGGUAUCAAUUUUCAACCUGACGGCCUUCCCGUCCCAGAGCUCAGCACCAUCAAAUUCUGCGACAAUCUCGACACCUCCGUCAUUGAUGACAUCGGCCGUGACUUUAUCAAGACUGCAAAAAUUGGAGUUGUUGUUCUCGUCCUUCUUGCCCUUCUUCUCAUUGGGCUCAACUGUCUCUUGACCUGGUACAAAUGGCGUUGCAUGAGAAACCAUCUCCAGUACACUCGUGAAGCCUGGAUCUCAGACCCUACUAUGGUUCAUGCGAAGCCAACGUCGUCUUCGCCCCAGAUCACCAUGAGCGACCAUAACUUGAUGAUGCUCAAUGCCAACUCCGAGCACCCACUUAUUACCAGAAUCACCAACCAAAUUUCUGCUCGCUUCAGGUUGACUCCUGCUCAGCAUACACACACCCAAUGGUUUUUCAACUAUAUUUUCCAUGCCCCUGCCCUAGCGUGCUUCCUUAUCGGCUUCUUUGGCUUGUUGUCUGUUCAGAUACAACUUAUGGCCAUCGGGCCCCUCGUUUCAAAGUACCAGGCUCGCUCACAGUCUACUGUAUCAGACUUCUCGAGUAUCAUUGCUACCAGCAUUAACGACAGCAUGUACAACCAAUCGUCUUUGUAUGCCAACGAAGUCAACGGACAAGUUGCCAGCAUCCAAUCGACGAUCAAUGACGGUCUCUUCGGCUGGGUUAACGGCACCACCACCACCCUCAACGCCACAAUUAACGGGUUUUACGACGACAUCCAGAACACCGUCACGACCAUUUUUGGCGGCACAAUUCUCGAGAGCCCAGUCAAUGAAUUCCUGAAAUGUUUCAUAGGUGGCAAGGUCGACGCAAUCGAGAGUGCGCUCACGUUCUUACACGACAACCUUAAGAUCGACAUGCCGCGUGUCAACCAGACUGCGCUUGUACUCUCCCCCGACUCAGUUAAUGAGGCUGCGCAGCCAAUCGCUGCAGCCGCCAUUGGUGGCGGCACAGACGCUGACGGCAACGAUGACGGCGGUCUUCUCAUUCGGCUCGUCAACUCCUAUGCCGCAUCGCUGAGGAAGGAACGCGUCAUGUUUGCCAUUUUCAUGGGUUUGUGGGGGAUCGUCAUUCUCAUGGGUUUAUCCGUUGUACUAUGGCACUCAGUUAUCCGCCCCAUGCGCGAGAAGAGAUCGCGCAGAAAGUGGGAGGCGGAACAGCGCGUUGGACUGGAAAAUAUUGGGCCAUAUCCCGCUGGAUCGGGUAACGAGAAGGACGGCAAUGGAAAUGGAGGAGUGUUUGCCAGGUCGUUCUCGCCGCUGCCUUCUCCAAGGGGUAGCGCGUUCAAGCCUUUCUGGGGGUCGCGCUCAAACUCACCUGCGGGACAACGCGUGCCGCAGCUGAGCCCCGACGCGUCACAGGAGUCUCUGCCGAGGGGGCAGGAGGCGAGCGCCCUGGCGUCGAGCGAGGAGUUUGGCGCACACCUACCACCUGCGCAGAUGGAGAGAAAGCAGACCGGGGCAGCCAAGUUGUUGGCAGUUGGGAAAAAGGCGGUAAGGAGGGAAAGAUUAAAGAAAGAUGGCACAGAGGAGGAGCUGGCAGUGCCACUUUCGCCGACGCUCGUCCAUGAACCUAAUCGUCGCGCUAAUGACAACGAUACCAACGCUCCCUGGUACACCAGGAUCGCUGCUUUGCUUUCAGGGAAAAAGCAAGGCAAUGGGGAUAACGACUCUUCUCGCAGCAGUGGAAGCGAUUAUUGGGAUCCCACUGCCAUGGUCCAGGCUGACAAAACACAGGACAAACCAAAGCUACAAGUCUAUACGCAGCGAGGGAUCGACAAAUAUGGCCCGCCGCCACCGCAGAGAUACCAAACUCACACUUGGACGCCACCGAACCAAGUCCGAGCACCGUCCCCACCUCAACCACAGACUCAGACGCGCGGACGACGCCAGAGCGCGGCUAUUUCAUGGCCUCCUUCACCACCCGUGACACACGCUGACUGGACCCGUGUCAUGGCCCCCGCAACGCCGCCCCAGGUCAACGUGUCUCAGCAGCCGGCGAUUUCCUCUGUGGCUGAGUUCAAUUUCCCGCCUCCGCCGAUCGGUGUUCCUAUCAUAAAUAGGGAGCGACAGCAGGUUGUCAGCGUUCCGAAUGAUGUUGGGCCUGUAUAUGAAGACUCAGUCGCGAGGGCGCCUCCGCAUGUAGCGACUACCCCUAUUCUACCCGUGCCUCUCUAUACCAGCUUUGAGAACCAGACACAACAAUCCCAACAGCAGCGCACGCCGCGCCCACAUCCGACAUUCCCGCAGCUCGAAGUGGCGGGAAGACGGCGAAAGGGCUCAUCCCCGCCGCCACCGCUAAAGUCGCCGCGCAUGCUGCAGCCCCAAUUUGCUCUGUCGCCUCCCCCUCUGCAGGACAAGCACCGACGAGCUUCGUCGACAGGCACAGCUUGGCGCGUAACAAACUUUGUUCCAGGCGACGCGACUUCGUCUGCACACACCUCGACGGCAUCUUUGGCUGCUAUGGCACUCGCUCCAAAGGUGUAUGCCGGCCAACAGUCGAAGGAAGAUAUUACAACGGCAAGCUCCAAUCUGACGAGGCUGUUGACGGCGCCACGACAAGGACAUGCGAGACAAAGCUCGAGCAUCAACCCGUUUAUCACGCCGUUUGAUGACGAACAUCGUGUACAGGUUGUUGAUGACCCUGGUGCUGCGGAUCUGAGGAAAAGUAUGCAGACGAAUCCGUUCGUGCAUGCUAUCUGA